CUUUCCGUGCUCAGUCCUUGCUCCUCAUACCUGGAAUAGAACCAGACAUCUAAGCAUAGCUUGACAUCCCACUUCUUUGUGAAUGACCUCUGUGAGCCCGGUCGAGUUUAUUGUCCAGGACGGGUCGUUCCAACAAGAUUUCAAGCGUGUGAAGGUACUGUGUUGACAGACAACGUGAUGGCUUGCGUGUCCAUCAAAGGGGUAUUGGCCGUCAUUGGCGGAUUUCUCAUCAAUCUCAUCCUAGGUGUUCUUUUCUCGUUUGGGAACAUCAUGCCUUAUAUUGCAUCCUACAUGAGAGAGGUGGCUGGAAUUCCCGUCAGUUAUAGUGACUUUGCUUCGGUCAAUAUGGUCUUCGUGUUCACCAAUGGCUUUGUUCUGGCAUUUGCUCCUUUGAUCCUCAUUCCGUUUGUGGGUAACAAGAUCGUGCUGUAUUUCAGUUGCCUUUGCUUCAGUGUGGGCCCAGUCCUGGCUCGAUUUGCGAUGGACAAGAGUCUGGGCUUGGUCAUCCUUACUUAUGGGUUCAUUCAAGCCAUCGGAAAUAUGGCACUAAUUCCCACUUAUACAAUUCCAAUGCGAUGGUUCCCCAACCACAGAGGGUCUAUCAUGGGUCUAGUCACAGCUGGUUAUGGACUGAGCACCUUGGCCUUGAGCCCGAUUCAGAUUCUCAUCGUCAAUCCAGACAAUGUCUCACCCAUCAAAGAUGACAGCUCGGAGGACAUGUUCUUUAGAGAUCCCGAGGUCUUGGCACGUGUGCCCACUUUACUGAUUACGUUGUCCAUUGUUUAUGCUGUGGUCCUAUUUAUUGCCUGUCUGUUCAUGUUCGAGCCAGCCUCUGAAUCAGACGAGGCGAUAGAGAGCUCGGCGAAUAAGGACCAAGUGGACCAAAGGCAGUCCAGAGAAACCAUCGGAGUCAAAUGGAACAGGAUUAAGGAAACUUUGAUUUACUUCAAAAGCAAUAUCUUACCUUGUAAAGCCUAUUACUUCAUACUGUUCACACGAUUUGCUGUGGUGAUUUGUACCAUUUCCUUGACAACCUAUUACAAAGCGUUCGCUUUGACCUUCAUUCAGUCCGAUUUUUUCAUCACGUCCUACGUUGGGGCCUUGUCCGGGGUGUCUUCCAGCAUGUCAAGCAUCAUCUAUGGGUUUGUGCUCGAUUGGGUUCCCUACAAGUUUGUAGUCUCUUUUAUGAUGGUCAUUUUGGGCAUCGCUAUUGGGACUCUUUAUAUCACCACUCUGCUGAACGAGAUUUGGUUUGUCCUUUGGAUGCACGCCAUCUUCUUGAACAUGCAAGGAAUCUUCGCCGUGAUUCCAGCCAAGUCCAAUGAAAUCUUCGGCGAGACCUAUGGCGGAGUAGUGGUGGGCACAACCGCAUUGAGCGACAUUAUCGUGACAGGCAUGAUCGAAUUAUUUGGAUCCUUAUUGCUGACCGGGCUCCAGAUCAAUUACUUGCACUAUUUCCUGUUUGUUUGUAUUGGUCCCACUAUUGGCUUGUUUUGCACCCUUUUCUUGCCGGCCACCGAAGAAGAUCAAAAGCGGCUGAACCGCAUGCUCUGCCGUGAAGAACCCACUCAAUCGACAAUGAAAUUGACGUGAAAUAUUGGUGCUAGAUGAAAUAACAUUCCAGAGUCUAUAUAGCA